GACGUUUCUUGAUAGCAUUACUCUUUACUGGUAACCUAUAACCUCGUCCUAAUCGGAUCAUUGUCCUGUACCCAAUGUUGGAUUUUCUUUUCCCUAUCCAGUGUUGGAAUUUGUGUGCGCAUGAUAUAUACAGCUUUGUUUUUCACUAAUUGUUAGAAUAAUCUUAUUUGUGGGUUUUGCUCAGUCCUUAAUAAUCAAUCCAAUAUAUAUUCCAUACAUUAUUUUUGCAUGGAAUGGACACCAUUAUGCUGUUGUCUCUCUUAAGAGCAUGCAUAAAUUCCAAGUCACUGAAACAAGGCAAGCUCAUUCACCAGAAAGUAGUCACUUUGGGUUUACAAAAUAACAUUUCUUUGUGCAAAAGUGUCAUCAAUCUCUACUUCUCUUGCCACUCAUUUGAAUCUGCAAAACUAGUUUUCCAAACUAUUGACAACCCCUUAGACAUUUCUUUGUGGAAUGGCCUUGCAGCAGCUUACACCAGUAACUGCAUGUUCAUUGAAGCUCUUGAGCUCUUUGAGAGGUUGCUACACUUUCCUUAUCUUAAACCGGAUAGCUAUACAUUCCCAAGUGUUCUAAAGGCAUGUAGUGGCUUGGGCAGAGUUGAUUAUGGCAAAAUGAUCCAUACCCAUGUGAUCAAAAGUGGGUUUUUCUCGGAUGUCGUUGUUACGAGCUCUUUACUCAGGAUGUAUGCUAGGUGUAAUGUUUUUGGUUCUGCAGUACAGUUGUUUGAUGAAAUGCCUGAAAGAGAUGUGGCUUGCUGGAAUACUUUAAUUUCUUCUUAUUAUCAAAAUGGACAGUGUGAGAAGGCUCUGGAAUUGUUUGAAAAAAUGAAGGGCUUUGGGUUCGAGCCUGAUUCAGUGACGCUAACAACCGCUAUAUCUUCCUGUACAAGGCUUUUGGAUUUUGAAAGAGGGAAGGGGAUUCACAAAGAAUUGGUGAGAAGUGGAUUUGCUUUGGAUGGUUUCAUUAGCACUGCUCUUGUGGACAUGUAUGGAAAAUGUGGUUGUUUAGAGAUGGCCAAGGAGCUUUUUGAGAAAAUCCCAAGAAAGAGUUUGGUUUCUUGGAAUUCCUUGAUAUCAGGCUACAGUUCCAUAGGUGAUGUGAAUUCAUGCAUUGAGCUUUUCCGGAGGAUGAAUGCAGAAGGAAUUAAAUCCACUUCGACAACUUUAAGUAGCUUAUUAAUGGCUUCUUCUAGAUCAGCCAAACUGCAGCAUGGAAAAUUUAUCCAUGGGCAUAUUAUAAGAAACCAUCUAGAAGCUGAUCUUUUCAUCAAUAGCUCACUUGUUGAUCUAUACUUCAAAUGUGGAAGAGUUCAGUUAGCUGAAAUUGUCUUUGGGAAGAUGCCAAAGACAAAUGUAGUGGCUUGGAAUGUAAUGAUUUCUGGGUAUGUGUCAGUAGGUUGUUACUUUGAGGCUCUUGGCAUCUUCACUGGCAUGAAACAAGCUGGCAUAAAACCAGAUGCCAUCACAUUCACUAGUAUCUUAGCAGCUUGUUCACAACUAGCAGCCUUAGAACAGGGUAAGGAGAUUCACAAGUGUAUCACUGAAAGUAAGUUGGAACCCAAUGAAAUAGUUAUGGGGGCUCUCCUGGACAUGUAUGCUAAAUGUGGUGCUGUGGAUGAAGCUCUUAGUGUGUUUAAUAAAUUACCAGAGAGAGACAUUGUGUCGUGGACUUCAAUGAUCAUGGCUUAUGGGUCUCAUGGCCAAGCUUUUGAAGCUUUGCAACUUUUUAAUAAACUGCAAAGAUCCAAUAUGAAACUUGACAGAAUUACAUUUCUUGCGGUAAUGUCUGCAUGUAGCCAUGCAGGAUUAGUUGAUGAGGGCUGUUAUUAUUUCAAUUUAAUGACUACUGAUUAUGGAAUCAAACCUACAAUUGAAGACUACUCAUGCUUGAUGGAUCUUCUUGGACGUGCUGGGAGACUGCAUGAAGCAUAUGAGAUUCUCCAAAAAAACCCAGACAUUAAAGAGAAUGGUGAAUUGUUAAGCACAUUAUUUUCUGCUUGCCAUAUGCAUGGGGAAUCGGAAUUAGGGGGGGAAAUUGCAAGAUUUCUUAUUGAGAAGGAUCCUGAUGAUCCAUCAUCUUACAUAAUUCUAGCUAACAUGUAUGCUUCCAUGAAGAAAUGGGAUGACGCUCUCAAAGUGAGAUUGAAGAUGAAAGACCUUGGAUUGAAAAAGAACCCUGGGUGUAGCUGGAUUGAAGUUAACAAGAGGAUUCAAACUUUUCUUGUGGAAGAUAAAUCACACCCAGAAGCAGAGAUGGUAUAUGAAUGUUUAUCAUUUCUUGCCAGUCACAUGGAGAAGGACGAACUGCUGUCAUGUUAGAAUUACAGCAUGAGUAUUUUCAAUCCAGAAGCACCUACAUUGAUAUAAAUUGGUCAUAAAUUCCAAUCUCAAAAGAUUUGACUUUAAGUGUUACAAAUUCUAAUGAGGCCGACCCCAUUCUUUUGGGAUAAAAGGUAAGGAUGAUGAUGAUCAAAUGUUAUAAAUUCUCAUCAGAUAAUGCAACUGGGUCAGCAUAACAAAGCUUCAGAAGCCAAAUAGAUACAAUUAAAAGCUUUAGGCUAGCAAUACUUACAGCCCUCUCGAUACGGAACCAAAGAAGAGUGAUUCUGAAAUCUUCUUGGCUUCAUGAAGUGACAUUAUGCAACCGGCUCUUUCUCAGAUUAUAUUUGUAUGACAGGGACCCAAUAACACCAGUACUCAUUGAUGGAUCUGUGCUGAAGAAUUGCUCAAUUUAGUGGAUUGAAUCAAAGAAUGGGGAAUUCCAUUUGAAGUCAAUAGUCCCAAAACAUACACUAGAAGUUCUCCCUUGAAUUCUCCAUUUGGCAACAGUGACAGCUUGCUGAAAUCAGAAGCAUGCGGCACGCACUAUAGUUUUUUCACAGCCCCAUAUAAAUGGAAAGAAUCAAGGGGUCCAUGCUUUUAUAGUCCAGAUCAGAGAUACAAAUGGCGACGUCUGUCCAACCAUAUCUAUAGCUGAUUGUGUUCAUAAGAUUGGCUCAAAUGGUGUUGACAAUGGUCAAAUCUGUGGCUUGGGAUUGCUGGAGCUUAUUGCUGGGCUUAUUUGGGGUGUCGUGGGUUAUGCCUCACUCCUCGCAAGGACUGAUUGAGGCUUGGAGAGGGUGUAUAGUGGUUGCCCAAGCUCGUGAUUUUUGGAGCGCAGCGCCCUUGUGUGUUUGCUGGUGCUUAUGGCUUGAGCGUAAUAGGAGAUCUUUUGAGGGAGCGGAGUCUUCAAUUGGGGUGCUGAAGUUCUCUAUUCUUAGCUCUCUUUUUUGUUGGGUUCUUGGGAGAAAUUGUAAAUCAAUGGGGGGAAUAGUUGAUUUUUUGGACUCUUUAGGGGCCCCUAUUAGGCCUUGUUUAACUUUUGUGGGAUGCGUUCCCCGUUUGAAUGCUUUCUAGUACAUCUUUACUUAUCAAAAAAAAAAAAAAAAAAAAAUUUCUCCUGAUUGGAUGAAAGAAAGAAUGAAGUGUAUGCUUUGCCAAUAUGUAUUUUCCGGAUUUGUCAAUGUCUUGGUCCCUAGAGAGAAUUUAUUGAAUUCAGUAGCUGAUGUUUCUGCUGAUGGGCAAUAUCUUGGCACAAUAAAGGACCCAGAUCAGGGUGUAUAGGGGCGCUUAUGUAAGGUUAACGGCUAUCCCAGUUGUCCUCUCCCAAAUGUACCAAUCUACAUGUUGUAAUCCCAUGCCGCUCUCCCAAAUGUACCAACCCACUUAUCAUGUUCACCAUUGAAAUCCUCAUUCGACCUCUACUACUAGUUUUCUUUGAAGCUGUUAGCAUGAACACCGAUUUGAAAUAGCCCACACAGCCACACUGCAGCAUUGAAGAUCAUCCUGCAUACCUGAUCCGUUUGAGAGUUAUUCUUAAAGACAUUGGCACCCCACUUUACUAGCUGAUCAAAGGAAGAGACUGGUUAAAUUCCAUCCAAUGCCAUCCCUGAUAGUCGUCAUCCAUACCUCUUGAGCUAAAGGACAUCGCCUAAAAAAGAUGAUUAACCGAGUCAGAAUCUAUAAAACAAAUGUGGCAAGCAUGGUGGUGACAGCAGCUCUAGGUGUUCCUUUACUCCAAACCAGUGUGGUCCAAGGAACUUUAGGAUGGCAGAUUCCGAGUUUUGUCCCAAGCUGACCUGAAUGUACAUCUACCAUGCUUCCUCACCUGGAGUGAUAGUAACAGCUUGUAUGACAAAUAUAAUCAGGAGCGGCUGAAGGUCGCCGGGUCUGAUCCAAGAAUUUCGCUGAAUAGUUGCCCAAGGAAGAGGCCACUCCUUGUCUAAUGAGAAAAUCAUUAUUGAGCCAUUGCGCACCCUACAUUCAAGUUCAACGCGCUGCAAUACUUGACUCCUUGUAUACAACAGCUGCUUCCAAGAGGAGAGUGAGAAGGCUUCAAUACAGAAUUCCAAAUGGCACACUUGGAAGCAUACUUUCUGUUGCACCAACCAAUCCAAAUCCUAUCCUUGGAUUGAAGGAAGUCCCAUAGCAGAAGGCAUUUAGCAGUGUUAUCAUUUCCUCUAAACUUCCUAAGACCAACGCCACCUUCAGAUUUAGGAAGAGAAACUGCAGACCAUUUGAUAAGAUGAAGUUUCCUUGCAGUUUCCCUACUGCCCAAAGGAAACUCUUCAUCUUGCUUCCCAAAGUUGCAGGAACAGAAGCAGAAAGGGAGAAAUCAGCACACCAAUAAUAAAGAAAUGAGUUCAGAAUUGAUUUCACUAACUCCAUCCUACAUUCCUACCAGCCAAAGACAACUUCAUUGAAUGCCAAUUAGAUUGGUUAACAAGAACUGGAAGACCUAAUAUGAAGAAGUUUGGACAAAGAACUCAGAAGUCGAAUGAUUUAGAGACGAAGAUCUUUCUGUUAGGGAAUGACGGGUGAUACGCUUGUUUGUUCAAAAUUCCUUGAAAGAUCGUACAACAAGAAAGAAAGAACCCUAUCUAUGAAUUACCUAACUGUACUACCCUCACAACAAGCAAUUAGUUUAGAUCUUUAGAGAAAGGUGUAAAUAAAAAGAUCUAAACUAAUUUGCAUACUUGAUCCCAUGAAACUGUAUUUGCAUACUUGAUCUUUUAUUGUUGUAAUGCUAAAACUAUACUUUAGAUCUUUAGAGAAAGGUGUAAAUAAAAAGAAAUUAUGAGGGAGUAAAGGUGUUAGAGUUGGAAGUAAUUAGUUUUGAUUUCUAGGGCCUAUUUAGAGUUGAUGAAAUAAUAAAGUCAAAUUUGUC